GGGUUUAUAACGCAUGCCAAAACUUCGACCGUAGCAACGGCAGACUGUCAUUUCUGUGGAAGCAAGAAGCAAACAAGAUGUCUGAAGUAGAAGAAACUCUUAAGAGGAUUCAAAGUCACAGAGGUGUAAUUGGAGUUAUUGUGGUCAAUAGUGAAGGUAUUCCAAUCAGGACGACAUUAGACAAUGCAACCACAGUACAGUGUGCUGGACUGAUUCAUCAGUUGACAGCCAAAGCCAGGAGUGUUGUUCGAGACAUUGACCCUCAAAAUGACCUGACAUUUCUUCGAGUGAAGUCAAAGAAGCACGAGAUUAUGGUAGCACCAGACAAUGAGUAUUUGUUGAUUGUGACCCAGAACCCAGAUGCUUCAUAAAGCAUGAGGUGUAGCUGAUGAAAGCCUUGUUACUGAUAAUCUACAUCAUUGCCAGUUAUCUGUCAACCACAUCCUUCAGCACCAGUUCUGCCCAAUACUACUCGUUUCAUAUAAUUUUUUACUAAUUGCUUGCCUUUUUUUCUGUAAUUAACUGCUUUCUGUCUGUGAUAUAUUUUCAUUUCCUCUCAUUAUUUCAUUAUUUUCAGUAGCUUAUUCACUUUUACCCUGUUUGUUAUCUUGGCAGUUUGAUGUGUUAGAGUUUACCAUGAUGCAGACCCUGCUCUGCCAGUGUCUGUCAUUGGUGUUUAUCCAUCAUUCUAUUUGCUGUGACAUAGACAGCUUUGAGCUUUUGUGUGUUCCAUGCAUUUUACCAACCAAGUUUUUAGAUUUUUAUGUGUUUUAAUUGUGGCUCUUUAUUUAAUCUUGUCCUUGUUUUGUUUUCUUAUUACUUACAGACAAGGAAUACCUCCUUAUUGUCUUGCAACAGUGAUGUCCAUUUAAAGAGCAGAUCCAAUUCCACAUUGAAGUCUCCAAAAUAUUUGUAUGGCUACUUCCGAGUACUCCCACUUUUGAUCUUUGUACAUAUUAAAUCUUUUCUUCAUGUAUUACAUCUUGCAUAAACAAAGUUAAGAUGUCAUGCCAUCAUAUAGAAGUCCUGAGUAAUGUAAACAGAACAAAUUGUGUUGCACGCAUAUGAGAUCUGUUGGUAUGUCAUUUAUUUGGAAUAUUAAGAUGCAGUCGCUGAUGUCAUCAGCCAGAAUAUCCAGCCUUGAGAAAACAUGUCAAAAUGGAGGACCAUUUACACAACAUGUUUCAUUUUAGGUGGCAAUUUGUUUGGGAGUAUUUAUUUAUUUUCCAAAAUGUCUUCAUUUGUUGUAUUACUAUGAAAUAAAUCUCGAUGUAAAAUACUGAAGUAUGUUUUAGGUGGUACGAUCUCAGAAU